AUGCCGCUGCAUGCUUCCUUCCUCUCUGAGGGGAGCUGCUCCUGGAAGGGGCCCUCGGAUGCCAACUCAGUCGAGUGGUUCUGCCCGCGCGGCCAGACUCAGCAGGAUCUCCACCAACAAGAGCAACAGAAGGAACAAGGACAGCAUGUGUUUAAGAGAGGACAACAGGAACGAAACCUCCUGAUGCGGCGGCUCGAAGGGCAGCGACUCGAGCAGCAGCUGCACGCGCUGCACAGUUCAGAGGUUCGGUCCGUGGUGCUGCGCUCACACACAAUUCAAUGUAUUGACUUAGGAACGAGCAAGACAGGCAUUGCCACGGCAGUUCGUCGGCUGCCCUCCACCUCCAGGUGGCCCUCUGCUCCUGUUGCCGCCGCUGAGGACCUCCAUCAGCACUUUGAAGCUACAGAAGAGCUUCUUCUGUCUUCCGCAGAUCUCACUGGCGUGUUCUCCGUUGCCCAGUUAAAGGUUCUUCAGCACGAAAGGAGCCAUGCCGCGUUGGUCUCGCUGCUGCUGCUGCAACGGCAGAGACACCAGGCGGACCUGUUAAUGCUCGGAUUGCCUCUGAAUCCUAUACUUCCCCGUCAUCUUCGCUUUAGGACGCCGCGGAUGCUUCGGCACUUAUCGAUCGCCAGGAAGCUUCAGCUUGCCUUGGCGAAGGCAGGAAAGGCAAAAGGAACUGCCCCAGUCUCCGUGCUGCUAGCGGAUGAAAGCUACAGCACGUGGACAGCCCGCAGGCGGCAGAAGGAAACCAGUUGGAGGCACGAUAAAAUUGUGGCGAAGCCGGUUGAUUCCAGUGCUGCUCUCGAACUAUUUAAUGAACUCUUGACUGCGGCUGCUGCGCCUGAGGGCCCUACCGGUGUACUGAGGUUGGCAGUGCCUAGGGCCCCCCUUUCACGGCUUAAGGGCUCUGCUUUUCGGGAUACCUAG